GUGGAGGUCGGAGCAGGCUGUGCAUGAAUGAGGAUGGCGGUGGAUGUAGGGGACAACAAAACAACAAAAGUUAUUUUUGAUGCUACAAGUUUGACUUUAACGUCCUGUAAUCUAUUAUUCAGCUUCCUUUACUUAUUUCUGACUGCUUCAUCCAGCACAGAUUAUUAAUGUGGCUAUUUGUGGAUGUAAAACUAUUAUUCUGAAAGGAAAAGUAAGAAGUGUAGGCCUAAUGGGAGUGGACAUUUUUGUGGCUGCAGAUAAACUGAGGCUGCUGGUGGAGGAACAAGAAGAUCGAAACAUCAACAGGUGAGCUCACUGCAUGUCACGCACACAAUUUAACAGAGACAGCUUGUUAUGUGGGCUCUGAACUGGGUGUUAUUUGAUGGCUUUUUAAUGGUAAAGUUUGCCCAAAUGUAACAAAAUAAUUAUUUUUCUAUGUUCUGGAAGAGAGAGCGAGGUGGGUUUUUGGGUAAUUCGACAAAGUGGUAAGGAGGAAAAACACAAGAUUGCCCUUAAAACCAAACCAUAACUUACCUUGCAGUUAAAGAAUCGUAAUGUUUUUUGUACAUCUUUGUUGUAAGAGUCAGUAGAUUCAUUAAAAGGUUGUAAUGCAUGUAGCCUAAGUGUGCCUCAAAAACGUCUCAUGUCAGUUAUACCGGACAAACAAACAAUGAUUUCACAUUGUCAGUAAAAGCCUCUGCAGCAUAGUUUAAAGUUAAUCAGUAAAAACCUUUUAAGAAGAGGAACAAUAAGUGCACUCUUACUGCCUUAAAGCACUCACAUACUGUAAUACAUCUGCAUAUUUGGAUAUGAUAGGAUUGUUUAACGGAGCCAGAGACUUUCUGUUGACUUUACCAGGUGCUAAGAAGUGAACACAUUCAUACACUGAUCCACUCUAAAAAUACACCCUCCAUACACACACACCUGCACAACAAAAUAACUGACUUCUGAGCUUCAACCUCAAAUAAAAAGAACAAUUUUCCAAGUGGAUAGUCCUGGACAACGCUGAGCUCAUCACUAGAAUAACUUACUUUCAGGUGUGUGCGUGAUGGAUCUCAGUCAGAGCAUGUUAUCUCACCUUAAGGCUUCCUGUUCUGUGCGCCAGAGGUUAAUGCUGCAGUCUUGUUUGACCGCAGCUAUUGGGACUUUGCAGAUCAUGGUAGGCGUGUUCAACAUUGGACUCGGUCCGGGGCGAACGAGCACAGUUCCUGGAGAUUUGGCCAGUUUGGGAGCGGCUUACUGGCUGGGUGGUGUGUUUAUUGUAACUGGAAUCAUGUCCAUUUUGGCCGGACGUUUCCCUUCUCGUGUCUUGGUGGGCUUCACUGUGUUCAUGAACAUUGCUGCAGCCAUCUUUGCCAUCACCGGCAUCGUGCUGUACGCCAUAGACCUGAGGGGCGCCUCCUUCCUCUGGAUGUGUGAUCGCAGAAGAAUCGCUGCUCAUCAUUUUCAUGAAGACAACUGCAGGAAUGUGGCGCUCCGUGCUCAGACUGUGCUGACGUCCAUGGACACCACGAUGAUCGUCCUGGCUGUGCUGCAGCUCCUUGUCAGCGUCGGACUUGCUUUUCUGGGCAUCAAGGCUUUGAUCAGCGAGAUGAAAAAAGAAAAGGGGCGCACAGAUGCAGGAGAUCAGCUGCUGUUGAAAAAAGUCCUGCAGACCCUUCCUCGUGUUAAAAAUAAUUUCAUCUAAACAUGUCUGUGGAGCAGUUCAUUCUUUGUUAUACUUUUUCCUUAAAAAAAUAAAAUAAAGACUGCAAUGGACUUUAUUACCAAUAAAUGUAUUUUUUUGCAUGACACAGUAAGUUUGCAUGAAAGUUUCUCUACUUAAAUUUGUGAAUUUGCAUAAUUUGUCUUUGUUUUUGAGUCCAUCAAUAUUCAAGCUAAGAAGAUUUAAAUCUUGCCAAAUUGUGCAUAUCAUUUGUGUCAAUAGAAAGGGUAAAACAAUUGAAUUGAUUUGUGUGUGUGUGUCGACAAACGUCAUGCCACCCCUGCAUUAGUCAGUGCCAGAUGGCCACCCCAAUUAAAACAUUUCUGGACACACCCAGGCGUGGUAGAGUUGUCGUCUCUCAACCAGAGGGUUUGAUCCCCAGUACCUGGAGCAAAAUGUCCACGUGUCCUUGGGCAAGACACUCAACCCCCGAAUUGCUCCCGCU